AUGGACCACCAUCACGCCUUUGCAUCACAUUCAUACAACUCAGUUUUCAUAAGCAAAAAGGCAAUGGAAGAGUCACGAUCCUACAGAAAGGAGAGGAAGCAGACAAAGAAGAAAACGGGUCGUGGGUCAGGAUCCAGGUCGAUCCAUAUAAAGAUGAGGAAGCUUCGAGUGCUUAUACCGGGUGGACGAAGAUUGAACCAACCGGAUCUGCUUCUAUCAAAGACUGCUGAUUAUAUUAUGCAUUUGGAGUUGAGGAUUAGGUUUCUCAAAGCCAUCUCCGAUAUCUACUCACUCUCCUAA